UCACACCAUCAUCAAGGCAACAAUUAGCGCGAAGUUGAUGGAAACACGGCUAUUGCGUGACCGGAUAUAAUAUUCGAUGCCAUUUCAGGCACUGGACAUGUUCAAAACACUUUCCUCUUCGUGAUGCUCUCAAGAAUCAGCUUUCACGUUUUCUUCCUCUUUAUGCUCGGAAAUUGUACAGAUUCAAUCCCAGACGUGCAUUCCGAUUUCGUUCCAGGAUCAGGUCUCCUGUCUCUGGCGUCUCUAAACCUUACUUCAGUUGACCUACUGGAGUUACCGAUAGUACGAGACACCAGCGCUCAAAUAAUCACCUCAGAAAACACAGUGGUAUGCGGCCCGGAAGAUGGCUCCUAUACGGACGUCGACAAUCUCAUUUCCUGCUUCAAUUAUCUUCGGAUCCUCGGCAAAACUCCCUGUGAGUUCGACAGUAGAGAGCCGAGAACUGUAUGUUGGCACGGGUUCAAUGGCGUUGUCGUUGGUAUAAGUACAACCGGGUAGCGUUAGAGCAGUUACUGCAUCGAUCUGUCGUUAAGUGUCUUGGCUGUCAUUGAUGGCUGCACGAG